AGUUGAGAACCUAAACAAGUUCCGGAAUGAAGAGGGUGAUUGCCCAACAUUAGUCUGCACUGAUCUGGCAGCUAGAGGACUAGACCUGGAGGUUGACCAUGUCAUCAUGUUUGACUUCCCAAAAAACUCUAUUGAUUAUCUCCACAGAACAGGGAGAACAGCGCGUAUGGGAGCCAAAGGGAAAGUUACAAGCCUUGUCGCAAAGAAAGAUGUGGGUUUAGCGACAAGGAUCGAGGAUGCCAUGAAGAAAAACGAGAGCUUAGAAUCGCUGACAACUAGCAAUGUCAGGAGGGAUUCCGCCAACUCUCAAAACCCAAGCACCAAGGGAAGGACUUCUGCAAGGUCGGCAAGGAGUUCAGAUGCUCCGAGGGGUAGGUCGGCAAGGAGUUCAGAUGCUCCGAGAGUUGCUAGCCAGAAGGGUAACAAAAGGGGAGUCACACUGUCGAGAAGGUCACCAAAGGUCGCCGUCAAGGACACAACUUCGACCAGAAAGCGGUCGUCGACCAAGAGCCAGCCAUCUUCGUCCAGGAAGCACUCGCCGUCUAAGAACCCGCCGAAGGCCAGGCUGGCAGAGGCCAGAAAGGCCAAGCCGGUGAGAGCUGGGAGCAGCAAGGGCGGCGAGAAGGCCGGGAAGAGCAGCAGAGCCAGGCCGGAGGGUGGGAAGGGGGAUGCUCUGAAUAAGGUGGGAAGUAAGCUGAGCGUGGUUGGGUUCAGAGGGCGCAGCACCGGGAAGUCGGCGCAGGCUUCAUGAUGGUCGAUCUGAGAUAUUUGAUCCUGUAACCUGUAAAUAUCAGUGACUUGGUUUCUGCCAUUUUUUGUGCUUUUCGGCUUACAAUUUUGAUAAACUUUUUUAAAAGAGAAAGAAACAAUUGAGAUCUUACCACGGCAUCCGGAAUAAAAAAAAAUUGUUUGUGCUUU